AUGGGUAUUGUAUCAAUAUGUUCUACUGUUACUAUGGACAGUGAAGACGAGAUAGAAAUGAAUUGGGGACGUGAGGUGAAACAACAAGUGGAGAGUCUAUUUGAGAAGGAAAAGCGAGUCUUGGUUGACGAGACGACGGGGUUAGUACGACAUACAUUGAUCUCACCAAUGUAUAAGCUUAUGAAUAGUAGUAGUGGACUGCCACGGCUUCUUAUGGGCACGACAUUGAUAUGGUCAGAUGACCAAGACGAACAACAGGAAUCAAACGACCAAAAGAAGGAUCAUACAUUUUUCACUUAUGUGCAGUUGAAUGUAAAGAAUGAUGGCAAGACGCCGUUACAUUUGUACCAAUUGACGUUGGUAGAGAGAAACGAUGGACAGGAUAGUGCGGAAAAGAUUAAUGCUUUUGUUUUGCCACUUGUUGCGCCAGCGGUGGUGCAGCCUGGAGAUCAUGCAAGAGUUUCAUUCAAGGCAAUUACUAGAGCAGCAGUAGAUCCAUUGAAAAGCUACAUGCUGUAUAUCUCGCAUAAUGGCUUUCGAUCGCAUGUGUUUGAAGGUGUACUGGACGGAAAAAGGUUUAUGGCGAGAGAAGAAGCGGUUCAACCGCAUGAUGAAGAUAAUUUAUACGACCUGGUUUCGCUCAGUUUAGCUACCAAUCAGUCAAUCUUGUCGUCAUUUCCGUUCACAACCUGGCAGAUCGGUUCCUGUGCCGUUGCUUUAGCAUUAGGACUUGCGGUAGCGCUAUAUAUCAGACGUAAUCGGAACAGUAUUCACCUCGUGGAGCGUGUAGUAACACGAUGUCUGUGGAGGUCGCAAAAGAUGUCUGCUCAUCGUUCUGCUAAGCCAGUUUCAACUCGUGUGGCAACCAGUCGAGCUACAAUCUCAAAAAGGGGUGAAGACCAUGUUGAGAUGGAAAGUCUUAUACAAAACGCUGUCGCCUCCAAUGCUCCGAACACUCCCGAAAACCCGGCACCUGAACCUGAUUUGACGAUGCCUGCGUUUGCAAUGAAGCAACAUGCAUUCGUUUAUCAAACUGAUGACCCAGCGACAAAGAAGGCUUUACCUGAGACGCUCAAAGUGAUGGCAACAAAUAAGCUGGUUCUUGAUCUUGACCAUGCAGCAUCGCUACACUCGAAUCGCUUUGAGAGCAUGUGGGACGAAUAUGUCGAAAGGUUUCGGUAUGAAUGGACCAACACGGGCAAGCACCUGGAUUCGGAGAUGCUACUAGUCGAAAUGAAGGUGCAUGGAAUUUUGUGUAUAGCCAGCGGAGCAGUCGAUGGUGUGAAGAAGUACGUGUUUUACGCGAAACAGCGUGACAAGUCGUGGUUCUUUUUGGCAACGAUAGCUAUCACUGCGGUGACUGGAAAUGCUCUUAUCACAUUGAAAACUGGCAGUGAUGUAGCGGAAGAGCUUGUGCUACAGCUUGCUGAACUUUUGAAAACGACGAUGACUCGGUCAGUCGUCGCGACAGAAAAGAAGGUUGGAACAUGUUGA